AUAUUUUACUGGAGUCACUGGACUGGUCGGUCUGUGCGGGGCGAAGGAUUCGGAGGAGGACCGUGGAGGAAUCAAGAGGACGAAGGCGACGUCGCAUGGAUCCGUAGCCGUCGAUCUCCGUUUCUUGACGUCGUCGUCCGUCGAGCUUUUCCUGCCGGAUCUCCGUCGUUGGCCACGCCGAUCCGCCAAUCUCGCUGUUCGUGGCUUGCAGGCGAGAUCUUCGUCAGAUCUCGCUUCGUCGCGUACAGUUCGCUCGAUCCAUCGCUGUUUGUUGGAAAUGAGCCAGCCAUUUUCCACCGCUUUUUGACCAAAAAAAGGUUUCAUCCUUAAGAUCUUUGUCUUAGAAGAUGGCUUUCCUGAAUUAAGGGUAGUCAGAUCGUCUCCAUUUUCGCCUUUGUGCUUUCCGAUUUCUCAAUUCAUGGUCGUUUGCGUAUCAUCUGUUCUCUUUUCUGCUGCACUUGCCUCUGCGAUAGGCAUACGCUUGAGGGAGAAAAAGUACCUUGCUCUUGCUUUCAACAGCCUCCUGAGUCCAUGGCUCCCAAUUUUGAUAGCCCUGUUCAGACUCAAAUGGCGGUUUCAGUUCUAAGCAAUGACUGCAUUGGGAAUCCGAGGAGUGAAGGAAAGACAUCUGGUCGAAGGCGUGUGUUUGUUCAGACGGACACUGGCUUGGUCUUAGGCCUUGAACUGGAUCGUGGUGACAAUGUGCACACUGUUAAACGGAGAUUGCAGCUUGCUCUCAAUAUGCCAACUGAGGAGAGUUCUCUUUCACUGGGUGAUGUUGUUUUGAAAAAUGAUCUUAGUGUUGUGAGGAAUGACUCCCCAUUAUUAUUGACAAGGAGCUUCCUGCAAAGGAGUUCCUCCACUCCAUGCCUCUCACCGGUUGCGAAUGAUCUUCAGCAAAGUGGGGAUCAUAGUGAUUUUAUUGAAAUUUUAUGCUCAAACAACUGUACUGAGAUAAAACUACUUGUUAAUGAUGCAGUGAAGGGUAUUAAGAAAGCCAUAGACCCAAUUGCAGUUCACAGAGGACUUGGUGGUGCAUACUUCUUCCGGAACAUAAGCGGUGCAAACAUUGCUAUUGUGAAGCCGACGGAUGAGGAGCCAUUUGCGCCAAACAAUCCUAAAGGUUUUAUAGGUAAGGCCCUUGGACAACCUGGGUUGAAAAGGUCUGUUCGAGUUGGUGAGACCGGGUUCAGAGAGGUUGCCGCCUACCUCCUGGAUUACAAUAACUUUGCCAAUGUCCCUCCAACAGCCCUUGUCAAGAUCACACAUCCAGUAUUUCAUCUGAAUGAAGACAUUAGCUCCGAGGGCAGCAUUAAGGCUUCUUGUAGGAAGAUAAAUGCUGCCAGCAAAAUUGCUUCGUUGCAGAAGUACAUUCCACAUGACUUUGAUGCUAGCGAUCAUGGCACCUCAAGCUUCCCUGUCACAGUGGUGCACAGGAUUGGGAUACUUGAUGUUAGGAUCUUCAAUACUGAUAGGCAUGCCGGGAACCUUCUGGUGAGGAAAAUUGAUGGUAAUGCUGGUAGGUUUGGGGCUGUGAUGGAAUUAAUCCCAAUUGAUCAUGGUUUUUGCUUGCCUGAGAGCUUGGAGGAUCCUUAUUUUGAAUGGAUCCACUGGCCACAAUCAUCAAUCCCUUUUUCUGAGGAAGAGCUCAACUAUAUUAGGAACCUUGACCCAUUUAGAGAUUCAGAGAUGCUCCGAAUGGAGCUACCUAUGAUCCGAGAAUCAUGCCUUAGAGUGUUAGUACUCUCGACAAUUUUUCUCAAGGAAGCAACUGCAUUUGGACUUUACCUUGCUGAGAUCGGAGAGAUGAUGAGCAGGGAAUUUAGUGGAAUGGAAGAGGAGCCAAGUGAGUUGGAGGUUAUCUGCAUUGAGGCAAGAAGGUUAGUGGCAGAAAGAGAGGCUUUUUCUCCAAAAUGUGAUUCUCCAGACGAGGAAGGCAUUCAGUUUGACCUUGACUAUGAAGAUAAUGAUGCACUGAUGCAAGAAACAUCCCCAGUCAGCCACUGUGUAUACAGAGGAGGUAUUUCUAGAAAUCUACUAUCGAAAUUAGAAGAAAAUGUAGAAGACGAAGAGGAACUUGAGGAUGAAAAUCAGGAAAAAGCUAAUUGCUUGCCACCAUUUGAGGCUGGCCAUAUUCCAGAUGUUUCAAAGCUGUCCAUGUCACUGAAGGGGGUAAGCAUUGCUAGAAAAAGUCAGCGGUAUCUUGCUGGUUUUCCAAAAUCAAGCCUGUCAAAAAGUAAAACCAGUAAAGGCGAUGACAGUGGCAGGUUUAAGGGUGGUGGGUACAGGAGUGCAAAUGAGAAGCUUCCUGCAAGUGUGAGUUUUGUGAAGCUCUCGGACAUGGGAGAGGCAGAGUGGACUGCCUUCCUAGAGAAGUUCCAGGAGUUGCUGCCAGGUGCAUUCCGAGGUCGGAAGUGCAGUGCUGCUGCUCGCCUGAGGCAGAGGUUUGGCACUUCAUGCCAGUUUUGAGUAGGAAUUUUGAGGAGAAUGUGAAGAAGGUUUGUUCUGCAUCAGUUAUUGAUGUCAUUGGCCAUGCCUUCUCUGGUAGCAGUGCAGGUAAUGAAGAAUGUAAGAUUUAGAAUAAAAUCAUUUCAUGAUGGUGCCAUUCUACUGAGGUUGUGGAAGUAGUCUGCCCUAUCUUGAAAUUAGCAUUUUGUAUAACCUUUGUGUGACUAGACUUGUUCUGUGUUAAUUUGAAGGUGAAUUUGAUUGCCAGUUUAUUCUUUA